AUGUCAGUUACACGCUCGCUGUUCCUCUCUAGUUUCAUUGAUAUUUCCGCGGUGCUAAUUUUAGUUUCGCUACCGGCAGCUUCUCUGUGUUUAGGCGUCUACAUGUGUGGAUAAAUAUUUAUAUAUGUUUUCGUAGCCUCACUAUUUAAUUAAAUAUACGUUUUUGGGAGCGAUGGAGUAUCCAAACCAGAGUGGGUUCAGACAGCGUAAGUUACAGGCGGGGGUCAGGAUGCGAGGGACCCCGGGGGACCCCAGGGACCCCAGUCUGUUAUUCGAUGACACUAGCGCUGGAGGGGACAAACACGACCUCAGCGGUGUGGGGAAAGGCCCUGGUGUGUGUCCGGGACAGGCUUUGAUCUCGGACCCCAUGUCUAACCUGGCCUUGGCUUACGGCAGCAGCCUUGCCUCGCACGGCAGAGAGAUGAUGGACAAGAACCUGGAUCGGUUCAUCCCCAUCUCGAAGCUAAAGUAUUAUUUUGCGGUGGACACAGUAUAUGUGGGCAAGAAGCUCGGUCUGCUGGUGUUUCCCUACAUGCAUGACAACUGGGAGGUGAUUUAUCAGCAGGACACUCCAGUCGCGCCGCGCUUCGAUAUCAACGCCCCUGACCUGUACAUCCCCGUGAUGGGGUUCAUCACAUACAUCCUGGUAGCAGGACUGGCUCUGGGCACACAGAACCGGUUUUCUCCGGAGAUCUUGGGCAUUCAGGCCUCCUCGGCGCUGGUGUGGCUCAUCAUUGAGGUUUUGGCUGUUCUUCUCAGUCUGUAUCUGGUAACGGUUAACACUGACCUCACCACCAUCGAUCUGGUGGCCUUUUCUGGAUACAAAUAUGUUGGGAUGAUCGUGGGCGUGAUCGCAGGACUUCUGUUCGGCCGGAUGGGAUACCACCUCUCGCUGCUCUGGUGCUGCGUCUCUACUUUUGUUUUUACGAUUCGGACACUGCGGUUAAAGAUCCUGUCUGAAGCGGCCGCGGAGGGUCGGUUAGUGCGAGGAGCCAAAAACCAGCUGCGAAUGUACCUGACCAUGGCCAUCGCUGCGGCGCAGCCCGUCUUCAUGUACUGGCUGACCUUCCAUCUGGUCAGAUAAGAGCCAGAGGUGUCAUAGCCAUAUCGUUGUACCGCAGGAGUCACAAACAUCUCUAGAGACAUGAGCCUAUUUGCACUCACAUGGACACACUUUGUGCAGCUUUACAGCACAAUACGAAUGAUCUGAACUCUAAUUGCCCAGCAGUCUUUUGUAUGGACAUUUCUAAGAGUUUCUGUUGGCUUUUGUUUUGUAUAAUGUAUAGUGCAAUUGUAUUUUUUAAUGUAAAACCGUUUAUGUUUGCAAACAAAGGUCGAUGUCUAGAUGCUUUGGCUUGAGAAACCUGUAUAUGACUGUUUGCUGGCCGCAAACCAAUGAAACCAACUCUGUGUGAUGUCUGUUGUGGAUGUGUGGUGGUGUUUUUUUUUUUUUUUUUAAACCAGUAAAGCCCUUCUUGUCACACUGACAGAUACAUAAGAAAAACAAUGCCUCAUACAUUUCAGGGUCAAUUGCAGUUGUAUUCUUUCAUAAUUUGUAAAUGAAAUAAACGCUUGUUCUCAAGA